UGAACAGUGAACAGCUGUUUCCGGUUUCAAUUUUCAUUUCAAUCCAAGAUGGCAACCUUCUUCGGAGAAAUACUUCCAGUUAGGUCGAGGGCUGUUGAUGAUGACGAAGAUGACGACUUUCGGGGUCCCAUAGAAGGUGAACCCAUUCUUCACUGGUCGAAGAAAGUGAAAGCAGAGACAGAGAAAUUACCUGACAAGAAGGUACCUUGCUCCAAUCUAGUCAUUUCUAUUGGUCAAGAAGCUAAUGCUUUUACAGAAGUGUAUGUGAAGACUUUCAAGUAUGAGAUCAUUGGAGGAAUUUUCUCAAAGAUUCAAGAUGAUGACCCUUGCACUCUAUCACAGACGUCUCCUACUGACAAGUCAUGUUUCAUCUAUCGCUGCUACAGUAACCCAUCCAUCAUCGUGUGCCAGUGCAAUAGAGAUGUGUCUCAAGAACAAAGUUUUUCCUGGGCUAAGCUGCUCUGUACAAACAUCAACCUUGACACAGCAUACAUCGCAGUCCUGGCGUCCUGUAGCACUGGGGGCUAUUGCAGUGACAUUCCCUCUUCAGAUCUGGACACACCAUUCCUUCGAGCUCUCAAGACAGAAAAAUUUGUGGGCACUCCGAUCUGUAAAAUCUUAGAGCAGCCAAAUAUGUUGACGGGCUUGCCAGCUCAAUUAAUGACAUUUUUCCAGGUUCAUCAGUACAAGGCUGUCAUUUAUGUAUGCUACAAGGAAAACAGAUAUGCUGAUAUCCCAAGUGUUAAAGCAUUUCUUCCUGUGUUGGAGGUGACACCCAUCAAAGACAUGACUGAGCCCAACAAAAAAGCUGAGGACAUGUUGAGAGACAUUGUUGAAAAGCAUCAAAUACACGACAUGCUGUAUUUAUGAUGGCGUGAACAAAGUUUGAGGUUGUGGAAGUGAAAUGAAAGAAGUAUUCGUUUGUCCUGUUGUGAAUGACGGAAUUCGCUGCAUUGUUUUUAGUAUUGGAAAUUUUUCGGAUUCACUUUCAGAGGUGGGUCCUUUGUUUCAAAACAUGAACAAAUAUCAAUUAUGACGCUCUUGAAGUGGAAAUAUCAUGUGUAUUGUGAUUCAGUGGGACUUAGGUUAGAGAUGCGAGACAAUAACUAAUAACUGAGUUUGCGAACUUUCUGGCUAGCAUAUUUAUAAGUGCCACAGCCUCAGCCUCUGUUCUAAUUGUCAAGCAAAGUGUGAAGAAGUCUGAAGAUAUGCUUCACCUACAUAACUUAACAUUGUGCUUGAGCCUGAAGUCACUAAGCCCUGUGCCCCUUGGUAUGUAGUAGUUUGGAUAAUAAUGUAAUAGUAAGUUACAAGUGGGCAGCGUUCUCUGCCAAUAUGCCAGGUACAGCCAAUGCUUUUAUCAAACUAAUGUGGAAAAGUGAAAAGCCACAAAGGGGUGAAUAAAGCUUGACCAGCUUGAAUUUGACAGCUUAAUUCUGUAUAGUUACGAUAUACUUCUGAGAAGAUAUUGUUUGUUAUUGAUUCAAGGAACUCAUUAAUUUGCCAUUGUUAUUUUUUAUACCGCGAUGCAAAUAAAAUCUCAUGGAAAAUUUUCA